AUGAGUGUGAGAAACCUUCCAGUUAUCGACUCAAUUCGAGCUUCUUUAACCCAACACCAUGAACGAUGCGAAAGGGUUGAGCCAUCGCAUGAAGACAAAGCUGAAACCCCAGCAUCAGCUCAGCGCGCAAAGCCCGUCAGUCCCGACCCACAGCCGGCGCAGCGCAAGAAGCAGAAGACGGAACAUGUUGACGAGGCCUGGGAAGCCUGGAGGAGGGGCGAAGAGGUCUGCGAUAAGCAGCUCAAGAGGAUCGCUGAAGAGAUGAGGGUCCACAUGUCUCUGAAGCAGACUCCGCCAACCGUAAAAGCCUCUGUUCCAACGCCAGCGACGUUUCCUAACAUCGACAAGCACCCCUCGGAGAACAUGGCCGAAUACCGUCGCACAAUGGACCCAACAGGCGCGCUCUUCGAAGCCCCCGCCAUCUUCGUCCUCUUGAAGAACAGGUACACGACAGCCCUCUUGAAGGAAGCUACUGGGUAUAGAGACCGUGGAAAAUACCAAUGGCCUGCACGUGCUCACAUGAUCGGCUGCCCUCCCGACCUUAUCACGGAGAUGGAAGAGCUCAUGGAGGGAUGGAAGCUACUCGUCGACCGCCCAGGGAAGAAGGGACUGUGGAAUUGGAAAAGAGAGCACACGUGUGCACCAAAGUGUUGGCCAGGCCAGAAUUCUGACCAAGCGGGUAUCCACAUUCCCAGCUAUAAGCAGUAA